CGUGAACGUGAACACUCCCAGAGUGUGUUUUGUACAGAGAGCUCGAGACAGUUUACAUCAUCAGCAGAAACAGGAGGGACGGAGUUAACACCUUUAUACCUCAGGAACCAUGUCAGCCGUCUACUUUCUCCUCCUGCUACUCCCUCUGGUGUCAGCGCAGACCUAUCACUGGGGGGCCUGUCCUGUUCCUAAAGUCCAGCCCGGCUUCAACCUUCAAUUGUAUCUCGGACGCUGGUACGAGAUCGAGAAGCUCCCUGCUUCCUUUGAGAGAGGAAAGUGCAUCGAGGCGAACUACGCUGUGAGGCAAGAUGGCACCAUUCAAGUGCGCAACACUCAGUUCUAUAAAGAGAAGACGAGGGUAGCGGAAGGGACCGCAGUGGUUCCAGACCCGAGAGAACAAGCACAACUUGGAGUCAGCUUCUCGUAUUUCACUCCCUACAGCCCGUACUGGGUUCUCUCCACCGACUACUCCACUGUGGCCGUCGUGUAUUCCUGCACAGACAUCCUCCGUAUUUUCCACAUCGACUUCGCCUGGAUCCUCGGACGCUCACGUUUCAUACCUUUUGGCACCGUUGAGCAUGCCAAACAACUGCUGGUGAAUGAAGGAAUCGAUAUUUUCGGGAUGAAGCCAACGGAUCAGACCGGCUGCAAAGACAACUAGAACUAAAUGAAGAGUUCCUGUUAGUGCCCUGAACCAGUAAGAGAAGUCUGGUCUGAACACUGGUUCAACAAGACUGGAUCUCAAAUCCUCCUGAUAUAAACAUACUGUGCUCAUUCUUAGUUACUAGAGGAUCAGGUGUCGACUAUAUUUUGUAUUUAAAGAUGCAGAAAUGUCGCUUAAAAUACAGUUUGCAUUAAAUAUCAAUUUUUCAUAAUUUAAAUAAAAAGUUAACCAAUAAUUUAAAUGAAGUCAUUAUAUUAUUCAAUAAUCAAUUCUACUUUGUUUUGCAAACAUUGAAUGAUUAGUGGGUUACAGAUGAAGGACAUUCUUUGGGUUCAUCAACAGUGAAGUUACAUAAAGUUAUUGUACUUUGAUUGUCUUUAAGGUGAUGUUACAUUAUGCAUGUAAAAUACAUUUACUACAUUCUUCUACAUACUUG